AUCCCCACAUCAUUCAUGGCCAAGUGUUCCCAAGACUUUCUUCUGCAACUCAAUCUUUGCCAACUUAAACCAUGGCGUUAACGUUCAGUACUAAGAGCAAAGCAUACCACUACGGUGGCAGAGUCACAACCCUCGUGAUCCUCUCUUGCAUGGUUGCGGCAACAGGAGGACUUCUUUUUGGUUACGACCUUGGGAUCUCAGGUGGGGUGACUUCGAUGGAUUCUUUUCUGGAGAAGUUUUUUCCAGAGGUGCAUGCUAAAAUGAAAGAGGAUUCACACACAAGCACUUACUGCAAAUUCGACAGCCAGCUUCUAACAGCAUUCACAUCAUCCUUAUAUAUAGCGGGCGCAUUUGCAUCAUUAUUUGCUUCAUCGAUCACACAUCGAUUUGGCCGCAAGAUAUCCAUACUCCUCGGCGGGGCCUUAUUCUUGGCUGGAGCUGUCAUCGGAGGCCUCGCAAUUAACAUUUACAUGCUCAUCAUUGGUCGGGUUCUACUUGGAAUCGGCAUCGGUUUCACCAAUCAGUCCAUUCCAUUAUACCUCUCAGAAUUGGCUCCACCACACUACCGUGGAUUACUCAACAAUGCAUUUGAGGUCUUUGUUGCGUUGGGAGUCCUCUGUGCCAAUCUCAUCAACUAUGAAACUCAAAAGAUGCAUUCAGACUGGAGUUGGCGAACUUCUCUAUUCAUAGCUUUGGCUCCAGCAACUUUUUUAACUCUAGGCACUCUCUUCCUCCCGGAGACCCCCAAUAGCCUCCUCCAACGAAACAAGACCAUCCAAGAGGCAACAGAGAUACUCAAGAAAAUGCGAGGCACCACCGACGUGCAAGACGAGCUCAAUGAUAUGAUUGCAGCAGCCAACAUUGCAAAGUCCCUCCACCAUCCAUUUCAUACUAUCAUGCAACGUAAGUAUCGACCGCAGCUCAUAAUGGCAAUCACAAUCCCCUUCUUUAAACAAGCGACAGGAAUUAACGUGAUAACUUUCUAUGCCCCGGUGAUCUUUCGGAUUAUUGGUCUUGGAGAGAGCUCUUCUCUCAUGUCGACAGUGAUCAUCGGAGUGAGUGUUACAUGUGCUACCAUUGCAUCGACGAUCAUGGUUGAUAAAUUCGGUCGGCGUGCAUUGCUUAUUAUUGGAGGAGUUCAAAUGCUUGUUGCACAAUUAAUGGUGGGUGCAUUGAUGUUGACACAGCUUGGAGAUUAUGGUGGAAUGAGCAGAGGUUAUGCAUACAUGGUCUUGGUUUUGACAUGUACAUUUGUUGCUGGUUUUGGAUUGUCUUGGGGACCAUUAGGAUGGCUAGUACCAAGCGAGAUAUUUCCUUUGGAGAUUAGAUCGGUAGGGCAGAGCUUUGUGGUAACAGUGGGCUUACUAUUUGCCUUCGUUCUAGCACAAUCUUUACUCACAAUGCUCUGCCAUCUUAAGUUUGGGGUUUUUUUCUUUGGAGGGUGGGUUCUGGUGAUGACCAUAUUUGUUUAUCUACUAUUGCCAGAGACAAAGAAUCAACCAAUCGAGCAAAUGGAUAUAGUGUGGAGGGAGCAUUGGUUUUGGAAGAAGGUGGUGUCAGAAGUUAAUCUGUAAUUAAGUUUAUAAUUAAUAUUAGCAAGUUUAAGAGUCAUGAGAUUUUAAUAUUUAAUACUUUGGAAAGUCAAAGGGUUCUCCUGAGUAAACUACGAGUCAUAAAGAAAUCAAAGAGUCAUCUUAAGUAAACUAAGAGUCAUAUGAAGAUCAAAAGUUAUUUCUGUUUUUGUGAGAGAGAGCCUAAAAGUCACCAUUGUAUCUAUAAAUAGGUGGACUGGAAACUUUGGUAAAGACGAGCCAUUGAAAGCCACUUGUACCAUUCUACUAUGCAUGAAUGAAAAUCUCCCAUGCUUUCUAUUAAGAA